AUGGGCAAGCGCACUUCCACCAUGCCCUUUGGAGUUCAGAAAGGUAAGCAUGGUCAGAGAAAGAGUCCUAGUUUGAUGGCAGUGAAAAGGAAAUCAGGGAAGAACAUGAUGCGGAACGUUGUGCUUCAAGGCCUGAGGCACCUUCGAGCUCCAUCUGUUCCUAUGCUCAACAAAGAAUACCUCUUUGUUGUGGCGCUACUUGCAACUUUGGUCUUCACUUGCGGUGGCUUGGAUUGGUCUCCUAUAGACCAUUUCGAGACCUUCGCAGGCGAUCAGUCGAUCACCAAGGGCGAGAUUGCAGCUGGAAGAACCGCAGUGCCAUUUGAGCUGAACCUUGACCCUGCCUCUCAAGAUAUUUUGACCGACCAGGGCUUCGCAAACGCCAUAUACCAAACCCUGUUCGGCAAGGCAGUAGCCAAAGUCAGGACCAGGAACCAGAAGAGGAUUCGCAAUGCUGCCUGCCGCUUCCUGCGAGCAUCUUUCAAGACAGAGCAUGUGUUGGAUCGCAGCAAAGCGACCCAUGCCCAUUGGAUGAAACAUGCCAAUUUGGCAUCGGCGCUUCAUUUCUUGGCUUCAAAGCAACUGGGGGCUGAUUGA